CCGGCCGGCGGCGCGCACGGCGAACAUGGCGGCGGCGGUGGGGCGGGACACUCUACCUGAGCACUGGUCCUACGGCGUCUGCAGGGACGGGCGCGUCUUCUUCAUCGACGACCUGACCCGCACCACCACUUGGCUGCAUCCUCGCACCGGGGAGCCCGUCAACUCCGGCCACAUGAUCCGCUCAGACCUGCCCCGCGGAUGGGAGGAGGGGUUCUCGGAGGAGGGCGCCAGCUACUUCAUCGACCAUAAUCAGCAGACCACGUCAUUUAGACAUCCUGUGACAGGACAGGUCUCUCCAGAAAAUAUUGAAUUUAUUUUGCGAGAAGAACAGAAUUCAUCUAUGUCCAAGCAACAAAUAAACCAAAGACCUUCAAGCAUGGUCAGUGAAACGUCCACUGCAGUAACUACAUCUGCUGUUGAUACAAAACCUGGCUCUAAGGUUGUGAAGACUGGAAGCAAAGUGCAUAGCUUUGGAAAGAGGGAACAAGCUAUCAGGAGGAAUCCCAAUGUUCCUGUUAUAGUAAGAGGCUGGCUACACAAACAGGAUAGCUCUGGAAUGCGAUUAUGGAAAAGGCGAUGGUUUGUGCUUGCUGAUUAUUGUUUGUUUUACUACAAAGACAGCAGAGAAGAAUCUGUUCUGGGGAGCAUACCCUUGCCUAGUUAUGUCAUAUCUCCAGUUGGACCUGAAGAUCGUAUAAAUCGCAAGUUUUCUUUUAAGGCUGUUCAUACAGGUAUGCGGGCAUAUAUUUAUAAUAAGAAUUCUGUUAUUGGCUCUCAGGCAGAGCAUUCAGGGAUGCGGACAUACUACUUCAGUGCUGAUACCCAAGAGGAUAUGAAUGGCUGGAUCCGGGCUAUGAACCAAGCUGCUCUUAUGCAAACACGCUCUUCACUGAAGAGAGAAACUGAAAAAGUGGAUCAGCAAGCUGUUCCCCAAGUCAAUCAUGUGGAUGCCAGUAAAGAGUGUGUGAAGGGAGAGAUUACAGAUACAAAAGAAAGUUAUCCAAAAUCAGCUGAAAUGCUUGGAUAUGAUAAGCGUGAAGAGAUAAGAAGAGAAAAGGAGGAGGAGGAGCGUUAUAUUCACAGAAAAGGAACUCUGGAAACUAAAAAGGGAAAGGCCAAGCACGUGUUAACAGAAGCUGAUUCAUUAUUUCCAGACUUAACGAAUGCAUCCAAGGCAUCGUGGUCCCAAGUAGCUCAACCUCAGCCAGCUGAGAAGAAUGGAACCCUUCCUAGUUCAUUAAGUGUGAGUGCUGGCCUAGUGGAGCAGAAUGGUACUGGCUCAUAUAAAAGAGGGUUUGUUCCCAGAGCAAAUCCAGAUAAGCAGUUUCAAAGAAAAAGUAACAUGGCUCAAGUGGAACACUGGGUAAAAGUCCAAAAAGGAGAUACAAAAAGCCUCACUUCUGAUCAGACUCUUCCACGUCAGGGUCCCAAUCCUCCUUUUCCUGAAAACUAUCACACUUUGCCAAAGAAUACCAGGCAGCCUUCAGGGAGCUCACCGCCACCAAACCGCAAUCUGCCGAGUGACUACAAAUAUGCACAAGAUCGUGUUAGCCACUUGAAGAUGUCCCAGGAGGAAAGGAAAGCAAAUAAGGAUGGAACUGUUUGGCAGCUGUAUGAGUGGCAGCAGAGGCAGCAAUUUAAACACGGCAGCCCCACUGCCCCGCUUUAUGUAAGUUCUUCAGACUUUAUUGAUCGUGGUAAGUCAAAAAGUUCAUUAGAUGUUCCACGAUCAAUAUCUGUUCCACCCUCUCCAUCUGAUAUUCCUCCACCUGGACCUCCAAAAAACUUUUUCCCAAGGAGACCACAUACUCCUGCAGAAAGGCUUACAGUUAAACCAUCUGAUGAGAGACAGACUGUAGACGUUCCUUUUGCUGGAUCACCCAGGAAGAUACGAAAUCAUGCUGCAAAGAGCUCCACUCACCUGGACCGGCGCUCCAUGCCUGCCGUGGGCUACAUGACACACACCGUGAGCGCGCCCAGUUUGCACGGCAAGUCGGCUGAUGACACUUAUAUCCAGUUGAAAAAGGAUCUGGAGUAUUUGGAUCUAAAGGUGACAGGACGUGACACAUUAAAAGAAAGAAGUACAAAACCUGUCAAGAUUGCAGAAAGUGAUAUUGAUGUGAAGCUAAGCAUUUUCUGUGAGCAGGACAGAAUUCUGCAGGAUUUGGAGGACAAAAUAAGAGCCCUUAAGGAGAAUAAAGAUCAGCUGGAGUCUGUUUUGGAGGUUUUACACAGGCAGAUGGAUCAGUACAAAGACCAACCACAACAUGCAGAAAAAAUAUCUUACCAGCAGAGACUUUUGCAAGAGGAUCUUAUACGUAUUCGGGCUGAAAUAUCCAAAGUUUCAACGGAAAUGGAAAAUGCCUGGAAUGAGUAUCUGAAAUUAGAAAAGGAUGUGAGCCAACUGAAAAAAGCCUUACAGGAACAGAUGAACAGUUCAUUGCUAUCUCAGGAGAAAACACAAAUACAAAAAGACUUGUGGAGAAUUGAAGAUGUUACAGCUGGCUUGAGUGCAAAUAAAGCAAACUACAAAACCAUAGUAGACUCUAUUAAGAAUCCAGAGAGAAAAACAGUGCCUUCAUUUUCUCAGUCUUCAGUGCCUUCCUUACCAGCUUCCCUUGCAACUGCGGAGAACAAACUUCCAGUUGCGCAGAGCCCUCCACGCAGCCCGGUUAAAUCCCCCCUGGAGGUCAGGCUGUAUCCACAGCCUUAUUUCCAGACCAGAACACAGCACCAAGCACAGCAGCUGAAAAAAAUCGAGCCACCUCUUCAGUCACCAGUUAAGCUCAAGCCAAAGGUUGAAGAUGAAGCACCACCCAGACCUCCUCUCCCGCAGCUGUACAGUCCUGAUGAUCAGCCACCAGCUGUUCCACCUCUCCCGAGAGAAGCCACUGUCAUCAGACACACAUCAGUGCGGGGCCUGAAACGUCAGUCAGAUGAGAGAAAGAGAGACAGAGAACUCGGACAAUAUGUAAAUGGAGAUUAUAGGGUGGAACUGCGUUCAUACAUGAGUGAACCAGAACUGGCAAUGAUAGGGGGUGACCUCAGCCAUCCUUCCAGUGCUUUAAUAAACCCUGACAGUGGAUACCAGACAUUACCUACCCGUGGUUUGUCUGGAUCAACUUCCAGAUUGCACCAGUCAUCUACCAUUUCAUCGUUUGCAACACUUCGAAGGGAUAGGUCCAAGGAGAGACCAAAGAGUGCCUUGGAACGUUUAUACUCUGGAGACCACCAAAGAGGCAAGAUGAGUGCGGAGGAACAACUAGAAAGAAUGAAGCGACAUCAGAAGGCAUUAGUCCGUGAACGCAAGAGGACUCUUAGCCAAGGAGAAAGGCAGUCUGUCUCAUCUCGGUCUUUCAUCAGGCCCGUUUCUGCAGACGUAGGCUCAUGGAAACGAGAGCAAGAAUUUGAUUUGCAGUUACUUGAGAGGGCAAUUCGUGGAGAAGAGAAGGAUGAGAAUGAAUGGUUAAAAGUUCAGCCAGUAGCAGUGACAGAGACAGACCUGGAGCCUCAAGACUAUGAUUUAGAUAUCAGCAGAGAGUUGUCAAAACCUGAGAAGGUUGUAAUUCCAGAACGUUAUGUUGAACUGGAGCCAGAAGAGCCUCUUUCUACUGAAGAACUGGCAGCAAGGCAGCGUAAAGCAGAAAAGAUAAAGAAUAUUCUUACUAAAUCAAGUAUGCACAAUCUACAGCCUACUGUAGCCCAGGACAAACACAACUCGAUUGAUUUAGAUUCACAGCUGCAAGAGCAGGAGCGCAUCAUUACCAUAUCAUACGCUUUGGCUUCUGAAGCCUCUCAGAGGAGCAAGGAGGUAGCAGCUCAGCAGUUGACCUAUCCACCUAAAGCACCCUCACCUUCUGUACCACAGCCACCUCACUCCCCCUUAAGCAAUGGAUUUCACUACACAUUUGUUUAAACACCUUAAAAGUAAGAACUAACUGCUCUCGGCAUGUCUGAUUUGCCAUUGUGCCUGUGCUGUGGCUUGCUACAUUUUAACAUCUUUACUAAACCGAAAUUGGAUCCAAAUGAAAGCAUGCAGCUAUUUUUCCUGAAACCUUUCAUUCUUGUGAAUAUUGCUUCUAAUGAGCUAACACGUGGGCUUCUGAAGUCUUCAGGUAACUCCUGUUGCUCUACAGAUAAGGUGCUUCCACAAUCUCACUGCGGUGAAGGAGGGAGACAUCUGUACUGUUGGUAGCAAGGGGCCAGAUUUUCAGCAGCCGUUUGUACUCCGAUGGCCACUGCUGGGUACUCUAGUGGCCACUGUUGGGGUGCACAG